UAGAUUCAGGACGAGGCUUGGAACACAUACUACCCCCUCUUUGUUAUUGUACUUCCCGUCUGAAUCAAUUCACUGUGUGCAACAGACUGGAAUUGCUGAGCUCGGUAGGAGAGAAUAUGUAUGUGUAGCUGUAUCUCUUUAUUAACACUUUAAUCUGACACAUAAAGUGUGACCUCUGCAAAUGUAUUUACACAUGGCCGACUGUAAGGCAGAAGAGCAAAGUAAUCAGGCGUUAGAUGACGAGGAGGACUCCAUAAAACCAGAUAAUGUUGCAGUGUGCUUCUCUGUGGAAGAAUUAGAGUCUUUUGAAGAACGGCAAAAGGAACCAUGCAAGAAUGUAAUGAGGGAAAUUCAUCAGACCCCCACCGUAGUGGGUUACAUCUAUGUGAAGCCUGAAACGGUAUCCCUUAUUCGCAGAGGAGAAGAGUUGUGCGUUAGUAGCAAUUUGUACGCAAGAAAACCAGACUUACGUUCAAGUCCUGCAUCAGGUGAAUGUGGAAGUAAAUCAGACAGUAAAGGGAGCCUGUUACAUGCUCAAAUCAAAAGGCCCCAUAGCACAUCCCAAAUUAAAAGCAUUAAAGGAGACUCCUCACAAAGUUCGCCUCAGGAGCCCACACUGAGUAUAAGAAGAAUCCUAGCUAGGAAACCACGUAUUAUUAUCCCAACUGCAAAUCCUGUUAGAGAACACAUAAUCCCCAGAAGGAACAUGCAAGUAAUGGAGGAAAAGAGCAGUGAAAUUGCUACUUCUACUCAAAAGACACACAUAAGAAGGAGAUAUCUUAAAAGGGCUAAAAGUACAAGUGUGGACCAAGUACAAGAUGAACAGAAAGCAAACAAAAGACCAGAGGUGGCUAAUCGUACUAAGAUUCCUAAGCCCCCUAAAGUGUAUUCAUGUUCUGAUUGUGGGAAAACAUUCACUCAGAAUGCAAGCCUCAUUAUUCAUCAUAGAACCCACACAGGAGAAAGGCCCCAUGCCUGUAAGAUAUGCAACAAAAGUUUUAUUAGCAGCGCCUACCUCAUAAUGCAUCAGAGAAUCCACACAGGGGAACGUCCAUAUGUAUGCAAGGAAUGUGGUAAAAGCUUCAUAAACAGUUCAAAUCUUAUUAUCCAUAGAAGAGUUCACACAGGAGAACGGCCCUAUAUCUGUAGCGAGUGUGGGAAAAGUUUUCGGCACAGCUCAGAUCUUGUUAGGCACCAAAAAGUUCACACUGGAGAAAGGCCAUACUCGUGUGAGGAGUGUGGGAAGUGCUUUUUCCGUAGCUCUCAUCUAGUUAGACACAAGAGGAUUCAUACAAAAGCCUAGAGAUGUGUUUAUAUAGUGAAUAAAGUACCUCCUCUUGUAAAAUAUAAGGAUAUUAUAAGUUACAGAGGAGUUUCAUGACCAUAUAAAAACACGAGGCCGAAGGGGGUACUUUAUUUAUUAUUAUAAAAUUUCAGUCAUGUGACAGAAAUUACAUCAGGACUCACCAUUUAUAACUGAUGACAUCAGAACUCACCGUUUAUAAGGAUAUAAUUUACAAGAUAUUCAUAGCUUUUGUGUAUUAUAUGGAGAUAUUUCAUGUACAUAGUAAAGCUAAUACUUUUUUCCUCCCUUCGUUUUUAAUUUUGUGUUAUGUGGACAUUUUCAGUUCAGUUUCAGGAUACAACGCAUUCAUCAUUGUAAAUGUUGUACACAGUAAAUUGCUAUCUGGCCAUAUGUGUAGGGUUCUUGAGAGAUCUGGAUCAGUUGGUUAUGAUGUGAUCUCUCUUGUAUAAUUUCUAUUGGUUAGAGAUCUCCAUCAGCAUGUGAGGUUAUUAUUUGGUCAUCUCCCAAUAGGGGAAUUCUCAAGCACUGCAGUCAUCUGUUGCUGUUGGGCCACUGUAUGUGUGACCAAAUUAUAUAUAUUUUUAUCUAUCCAAAAUUGAGUAGGGUGUGCCCACUGUCGCUGUUUGCUAAGUUUAGCAACACCAAGCUCAGUUGGUAUAAUGCAAAGAGAGAAUGGUAAUGCAUUUUGAUGCUCAAAGAAGGCUAGGACAUUAGAAAAAAAUCGUAUGUUUUUCUUUAAUAAUAUACUGUAAAUGUAACUUAUUGUUUAUGCAUUGCUGCAUAUUUGCAGUUGUACACAGUAGAAGCUGCCACUUCGCCUGCAUUCAAUGCAGCAUCCUCUGCAGACUUCAAGAAGCACAGCACCACCAAGUGGUCAUAAGUAGAUGUUGUUCAUGUGACUUUCAUAUAGUGAUACAGGAGCUUUGAUCUAUUUGUAUAAAUUAAAUGGGCAGAGAUGGAACGUGCACACAAAACCAAGGGUCUCGGUUUUUACCUUUUUCUAGAGGGAAAUUAAACUUACGUUUUAAAAUGUGUUGUGAAUAUCUUAUUAACCUGUACUCUCAGUGACCAUGUGUAUAUAAACAAUGAAUCUUCAAUAGAUAAACGUAAAAUUUUAUGUAUUUUGUGUUUGCGGCAAUGUACAGUAGGAAUAUUGCUUGCAUGCAGUGUAUCAUGCGCAGAUUUAAAGGUCGCAGCUGUUGGUGUGAGAAGUAGCACACACGUUAAUCCAACAAAUAAAAACUGAUGGUUUCAAUUUGA